AGGAACAGAGAGCUCUGCACAUCAUGGCGGCUGAGAAUACUGACCCCAAACCUAUACUAUUUCCUGAGGCAGACAUUAAUAACCACAGUGGCUCUCUGAGCAUCGACGACGCUCGGUGGCGAAGGCUGGAGGAGAGGCAGACGCUUCUGUGGAGGCUGCUGCUUGGGGCCCUGUGUGGACUACUGCUGCAGGCCUGCUGGGUCUGUCGCCUCACAAACCUGACAGGCUCCAGCCUCAGCCAUGGAGACACCAGCUCAGCAGAAAAUAAAACCUCCAGUGAGAUUCCAGAGACCAAAGAUCUAAAGAGAAAGCCAGCUGCUCGACUAAAUGGUGACCGCGCUUCAGAGGGGAAAGGCAAUGUUCUCCUGUGGACAGUUUUGGGGGAUGGAUUCCUCCAUCAGAUGGACUUCAAGGACUGGCUCCUGACCAUAAGGGAAGAGGGCUACUACUUCCUGUACUCCAAGGUCGCCGUCUCUGACAUCCACUGUAUACUAGUCAAGCACACAAUCAUGAGGAUCUCAGAGAGAUAUGUGGAUGGGAAGACACCCAUGGAACUGAUGCAGUCAGUGAGGUACAACUGUCCAAAGCCUCUGAAGGGGGACAGACAAGACAAACGGGGGACCCAAGAUGUGACCAGCAGCUACCUGGGAGGGGCCUUCCGUCUCUUUACAAACGACUCGGUGUUCGUGAAGCUGGAGGGUGGCCAGCAAAGAAUUGGACAGAAGGAGAACUUCUUCGGGGCUUUCUUGUUGUAGAACUCAGCUGGGGGUCAGUUACCUGGUUACCCAGCUGCUUAGUUAAAAUAGUAACUGACUCAAAAACAAUUCAACUGUUCUGUCAGCUGUUUGGUUACCACAAAAAAGCUGGAUCUCUUCUUACCAACUGAUGGAAAUGGUCUGCCAGUUGUUUGCCUGUUGACAAUGCACAACUAAAUGAGCAUUUCUGGUCUUUCAUUUGUUUUGAUCUUUUGCUGAAUUGUGUAUUAUUGUGAAAAGCAUGCAGAAUCUCUGAGAAAGUUGCCCAUAUGGUAGGCUAUUGUAAUCUUAGGAAAAGAUGUUUAGCUUUUAUUUGGUCAUGUUUUACAUCUCUGUUGUGUGCCAGUUUAAGAGAGUUAUUAUGGCGUAUACACAUAGAUUGGAUAACAAAAUCCAGGUUAGGCUUACUUGAUGCAACAGGAGAACUCAACUUGGGGUUGUGUUCAUUUGUGCACGAAGAGUUGACAAAUGAAUGCAUGUCCCAUGUACCCUACACCCCCCACUCACCCCCAAACUGUAAUUGAUUUUUUUUUCAUACUCUGGUCCUUCUCUUCUCAAUGUGCCUGGGAAAUAUGCUAUUUUAGUCAGUUGAUUGUUAGCAAAAAAAAAAAAAAAAGUUUUCAAUUAGCAUAAACCACCACACCAUGUGAUGCAUACACAAUGUGGCUUAUACACCAGAAGUUAUUGUUUGCAUUUUAUAUUUACUUUACUUACUAGUUUACGUAGCCUAAACAUGAACUACUGUUAAAAGAAACAGGAACAGCUGUGAAAUAAAGAAAUAUC